AUGGUCGAAUGGGAGGUGUUCGGCAAAGCGAUCAAAGUGCUCCAUGCGUACGUCUAUCAAACUCCUCCGAGCUCCGAAAUUCGCCAAACUGCUGCAUUUCAGCUCCUUUCCCCUCUCGUUCAGAACGUGUACGACAUAUCUAUGCUGCGAGAAUGGCACAGGCACGAUGAUCAGCCGUCGCCUGCAAUAGGCAGGGCGAAGGACUAUCUGCUAUACUGCCUGUGGCUACUUCAUCCUCGUGAGCAUAGUGAUGCACGCGACAUUAUGUACACUGCUUGUAUGCUUGCCCAGCGAAACGCACCCAUCCUUCACCUGAGCUACAAGAAGACAAUUAGAGAAGUCUAUCACGACGCUGCUAUAGCGAUCAUUACCUAUUACAGGGACCUGAAAUUGCUGUCACACACGCUUUUCUCUCGCAGACGCCACGAAUUAAGAAAAGCCGACACGGACGUGUCUAUUGAGCCCUUGUACUAUUGGCCUAGUUGGGUUCCUGAUUGGCGUCUUCGUCCAUGGGGUCUGGGAUCUACGACGUUUAAUCUCGAGGAUUUUGUGGUGUCCCCGCAACUUGCGUUCAAUGCAUACGACGGUCUCAAGGCGCACAUAGAGUUCUCCGAUGAUUCCAAAAUCCUUCACGUUGUUGGUGUACAGGUUGGGAGAAUCAAGAAAGUGUUCCGGACAAAAGAUCCCCGCAACUCUGUUGACCAGGUCAGAUUGCAGCAAGAGCUCGACACUGACUGGGAGACGCUGCGCCUCACACCCCCAGGACAUCAACGGGAGUACAUUGCUGGUGGCCCCUGGCCAGUAGCUUGGAUCCGGACGUGCGAGAUCAUGGACCGUGAGUCAUUCUCCGGGAUGGUCGGCAGAAGGAUACUUCGUCUUCCAGAGAACAGCUUGGAGGACAAUUUGCGGCGCCUAGGUCUUUAUGGCCAUGGCUAUCCAGAGCUUGCUACCGAUGAGAUAGGAACAUACCGAUACGGAUCCUCCGAGCCUUCAAGUUGGGGUGGAAUCAACGCCAUCCUUAAGCCUCAGAGGCUCACAAACGCCGCAGGAGAACCAAUCAUAGAAGAAAGAUUCCAUCUCAUCUCGUUAGAUUCAGGACACGUUGGCUUCGGCGGGUACGCUGUCCAAGAGGGGGACCUCGUAUGUAUCGUUAAGGGAGGCAGCUACCCGUAUGUGCUUAGACAGAGGCGGGACGGCCUUUACCACCUCGUCUCAGACUCUUAUGUACACGGUGUAAUGAAUGGCGAAUUUGUUCGCAGCAAUGCAGAUGUGGGUGCCAAGUGGCAGGACUUUGGCAUCGUAUAG